AUGGCUGACAAGGUAAAUGUUGAGUACAAAGACCAGCAACCAUUGCUGUUGGAUCUGUAUGUGGUUAAGAACAAGGGCCCUGUGUUGAUGGGAAGGGAUUGGCUUCACAAGGUACGCCUAGAUUGGUAUGCUAUUAAGUCAUUGAAAGCUUCACAAACCCUAUCAACUACUAAGGAGCAGCUGCAAACCAUGCUAGACAAAUACUCUGAUGUUUUUGAAGACAAACUUGGAACGUUCAAAUCAGCUAAAGCAAAGCUAACCCUUAAAGAAGAUAGCCAAGCCCAUUUCUGCAAAGCUCGUGCUGUGCCCUAUGCCUUAAGGCCUAAAGUUGAAGAAGAGCUAAGAAGACUUCAGAAUGAAGGAAUUCUCACGAAAGUUGAGUGGAGCGAGUGGGCAACACCCAUUGUACCCGUCCCCAAGAAAGAUGGAUCGGUCAGGCUUUGUGGUGAUUACAAGGGCACGGUAAACCCAGAACUACAGGCUGAACAAUAUCCCUUACCCCGCAUCGAAGAUAUCUUUGCAAAGCUUGCUGGUGGACAGAAAUUCUCAAAGAUUGAUCUUCGCCAGGCAUACCACCAACUAGAGAUGGAAGAAGAUUCCAGAAAAUACCUCACCAUCAACACACACACAUGGGGUUGUUCCAGUACAAUAGACUUGUGUUCGGCAUCACUUCAGCACCCGCUAUCUGGCAACGCACCAUUGAUCAAGUGCUGGAAGGGACAUCUGGCACAAGCUGUAUACCUGAUGACAUGA